AAAAAACGCAACAAGCUGAAAUCGCUUGUUUUGGACCAGCGCGGUACAGCUGCGCAUGCGCAUCACUGAGGAGGAACAUCAGCUGUUUCACCAAGAAAUAUGACUUCAACACAAAAGAAAGCUCACUGCUGUGAUGACUGUGGCAAAGAGUUCCAUGCACCAAAUAAAUUAAAGAUCCACCAGAGAGUUCACACUGGAGAGAGGCCGUUCAGCUGUGCAUUCUGUGAGAAGAAAUGUAUAACAAAAGGACAACUGAAGGUUCAUCAGAGAAUUCACACUGGAGAGAAACCAUAUCCGUGUGAGUUCUGUGGCAGAGAAUUCAGUACAGCACAUCAAUUGAAGAUUCAUCGCAGAGUUCACACUGGAGAAAGGCCAUUCAGCUGUGAGCUUUGUGACAAAAAAUAUACAACAAAGGGACAACUAAGGUCUCACCACAGAGCUCAUACUGGAGAGAAACCUUUCGCCUGUGAGGACUGUGACAAAGUGUUCAGCACAGCGUAUAAAUUAAAGAUCCAUCAGAGUGUUCGUCAUAUUGGAGAGAAACUCUUUGGCUGUGAGUUCUGUGACAAAAAGUAUACGACAAAAGAGCAAUUGAAGGUCCAUCGGAGGGUUCACACUGGUGAAAAACCAUUCACUUGUGAACAGUGUGAGAAAACAUUUACUCGGCUGUGUGCCCUUAAGCGACAUCAGCUCAUUCACACAGGAGAGAAGCAACAUCUCUGCAGCGAGUGUGGGAAAACAUUCACAUCGGCAGAAAACAUUCGUCAACAUCAGCGCACACACACUGGAGAGAAACCUUACAUUUGUGAGCAAUGUGGGAAUAGAUUCUCUCGGCUAGCUAAUCUCAUUCGGCACCGGCUCAUUCACACUGGAGAGAAGCCGCAUCGCUGUAAUGAAUGUGGGAAAUGUUUUGCCCAGCGGGUCGACCUCUCUGCCCACCGACGAAUCCACACUGGAGAGAAACCAUAUAGUUGUGAAUACUGUGGGAAAACCUUUAAUUAUAAAAGUCAUCUAGUGGUUCAUCAGAGAGUUCACACUGGAGAGAAACCCUACCAGUGUGAGCAGUGUGGGAAAGCAUUUGACAGAUUACAAAAUUACAAACACCACCUGCUUAUUCACACUGGAGAGAAACAGCAUUACUGCAAUGAUUGUGGGAAAUGUUUCACUCAGCGGAUAAACCUGAUCGUCCACCAACGUGUACACACUGGACACAAACCUUACUGGUGUGAUCGCUGCAAGAAAAACUUCACAUGGUGUAACCAAUGGAAAAGCCACAAGUGUGUGUUUGAAAGAGAUUCUGAUACAUGGUGAUAUAUCGCUGUUUUUACCUGAUAGUAGAUAUUUAUUCCUGUGUUUGACAUCAGGAUAUUUCACAGUAGCACAGUUCAGACAUCCAGGAUGACAGUUAUAGUAAUGGUUGACCUAGUCCAGUUAGUAUAUCCUGAUUUAAGACUUUCCAUGUUGGUGAAGCCAAGAAGAGGAGGUAGGGCAAAGGUUAACAGUGUAAAUAAUUCAAAUAAAAGCACUUUUGCAGCUAUGACAAAGCUUUGUAUGAUCACAGCUUUACUGAUGCUGAACUGGAAAGAUGGGUGCUGAUUUCCUUAACAGCCAAAGAGCAACAGCUACUAAUGGAAGAUCAUUGAGAACUAAAGCAAAACCUACAUGAUAAAAGGAAACACAUCAUCCAGCGGAAUGUGUAAUAGGGCUGUGUAUUGGCUAGAAACUGGUAACUAUAAAUAUAGUGUUCAAAAUUACAUAUAAUAUGAUAUUGUCUGAAAAUUGAUGUAUUUCAAUUGGAUAAUAUAAUAAUAAUAACAAUAAUAAUAGUAAUAAACUAUUAUUAUAAUAAUAUAAUAAGUUAAGGAGCAAACCCUUAUAUGCGUGGAUACUUUGGUGGCUGUUAUGAAAAACAACAGAAUGUAAACAAAUGUUUCUUUUCUCCUCUAUUACUUACACUGAUGUAACUACAUAUUUCUAAAUAAAAGAAGGAGGACUAUUCAGAAAAUUUUCAUUUGGAUAAUUGUGUGGAAAUAUAGUAAUGUGAGUGUGGGCUCAGAUUAUGUGUUGUGGUAGUUCAUUAAACAAAUACAGGCUUGAAUUUGUGGUUUGAUGCUUAGACCAGUUGUGCUGUGAUAUGUUAGUAGGCACAUGGUUUGCAUUCGCAUCAUAGAAACAGCAAACCAAGUUGAUAACAGUUAUCAGUGAUUGGCCAUGUUAAUGCAGGCAGCCACUUUAUUCCUUUACCCAUUAUCUAUCUGAAAAUAUGUGAACUGUUUCACUUGUCUAAUGUUAACGCUUUGCUUUUCCAUUAGUAACACGACAGCAUCACAGCAGUGACUUGCUAACUGCUCUCAGAAUUGGGUUCUGUGGGAAUAUUUUGAAACAUUUUGCAAAGGGUAAAGCUCAUGUUUAUCUUCAGAUUGCCUUCUUUCUUGUGGAAAAUAAAAUUGGUCAAAUGCUUUUCAGCAUUCAGUAACUGCUGUGUAAACUUAACAGAUGGCUAAGUCUGUUAUGCUAACGUUAGCCUCUUUUCACUAAAUCCUGUGUCAGCUUAAACUGGCUGAAGAUAAAUUACAACAUUAUUAUGUAGCUGCCCGAGUUUAAACAACAAAGCAAACCUUUGCAUAUAAAAUCUUGACAGUAUUUUUUCUAAUCAGUGCAGUAUUGUACAGUUUUGGAAAAAGUGAUAUUACAUUCCAUGAGUGCAUCAUCAUUUUCUUGCACCCCAAAUGAGUGAAUAGCCUUAAAAUAUAAGUUGACCAAACACUAUUCUGAAUGGAAAUUGGAAUAAUAACACUGGGUUACAAAAAAUG